AUGGACCACGCUCUCAGCGGCGUCCAUUCCGCGGAACUGUUCAUGCGCAACCUACUUAAGAUUUACGAAGCUCAGGUCGGAGUUGAAGGGGUCUGGAUUCUGCGUGAGCUCCGUCCGGAAAACCUUAGCAAGCUGCUCCAAAUCGAACACAUGGGAGGCCAGGGGGAGGAAGGCAUUCCGAAGGGCCACGGAGACCAAGGCCUAGACGGCGACUUCGUGUGGGGGCUUCCAGAUCGACGUAUAAGUGAGAUUGCAAGACAAGUGAAGCCAGCCGAGGCUGGAAAUGGCGAGGACCAAGAUUGGCUUGACGCGACUGGCGUCCCAUUCAUCAGCGACAGGAAGGGUAAUACCGAGCGCCGAGAGGUCGUGCGACUCGAUCAUGGGUCGGAACCCUUCUUCCGCGUCUUUGAGCAUUGCAUGAACGCCAUGGUCGAGCGUCGGAGGGUGGCGUGGGAUGCAGCCGUCCUUAAGAUUCUCCGGACUCGACAUGCAGUGCACCAAAACAGGGCGGCGGUGACCCGACUUGCCAGAGUGGAGAGAGAGAGGGCUAAUGGACGCAAGAGGACAGCGCGCAGCUACGCUAAUUACCAGUUGGGGAAAGGCCAGAAGCGCGGUGAGAUAAUGGAACUGACUGGAAUGUCCAAACGCUUCUAUCAAAAGGCCGUGAAGAGGCUCAAGCUGAAAGUGCAACGGCGAAGCCACCUGAGGAGCCGGAGGUUGCUCAGGGUACUGCAAUCCCAGCUCUACAACUCGCUCCGCUUCACCCGCAAAGCGCCCCGGUGCUACAUCAGCAACCACUCUGUGCUCCGGCACCCCAAUAGCAGUACAUCACUCCAGGCCCGCAUCAACAUCUCGCUUCAGCACUCCAGCACGUUCCCCACGCUCCAGAGUUGCAGUACACUCCCCACGGUAGCACCCCACCACAAUAAUCACGCUCCAAGGAGCAACUAG